AUGGGGCUGGGCGGGCCUGUCCAAGCCCAUGAAGAAACGGGCUCGGUGGCCCUUUCCGGCCCAUUCGGAGCCCCGAUUCUUCAGCGAAAAGGAGUCGUUGUGGAUAAGGAAGACGAUGAUUGCAACGGCGAGUGCGCGAAUGCAGAUGAAGACGAAUUGAACAACGAAUUUUCGCUCGAGCUCCCUCGCUACGACGCCAUGGCUGCUGUCACCGGAACCUUCGCCUUCAAGCCCGUCCUCACGAGCUUUACGGCGACGCCGGCGACGUCGGCGGCGGCGGCGGUGGCGGCGGCGGCGUCUCCGCCUCUCUCCCUCUCCUCGCUCGAGUCGUCGAAGCUCUUCGGAGUCCGCCUCCCCGAGGCGACGGGCCUCGCCAGAUGCUCCCUCGUCCUCGCCCCCCGCGGAGGUUCCGUCGCGUGCCGCUACGGCGGCGGCGGAGGCGGAGGAUCGCGUUUCUCGGGGUCCAGGGACUGGAGGCGGUCCCGGCAGAGCGAUUCCGAGGACGACCAGGCGCUCGACAUGUCCACCAUCAGGUCGGCUACUGUACGCUUGAUUGAUCAGAAACAAGAUAUGGUUGGGGUGAUGUCUAAAAGUGAGGCAAUUAAGAUGGCUGAGGAUGCUGAGCUCGAUCUGGUCAUAUUGUCCCCCGAUGCGGAUCCCCCAGUGGUCAGAAUCAUGGAUUACAAGAAAUUCAAAUACGAACAACAAAAGAAGAAACGGGAGCAGCAGAAGAAAAGUGCUGCUAGUCGUAUGGAUCUGAAGGAGCUGAAAAUGGGUUACAACAUUGAUCAGCAUGAUUAUUCUGUACGUUUAAGAGCAGCACAGAAGUUUUUGAAAGAUGGUGAUAAGGUUAAAGUUAUAGUGAACUUAAAAGGUCGUGAAAAUGACUUCAGAAAUAAUGCCAUUGAGCUAAUCAAACGUUUCCAGAAUGACGUUGGAGAGCUUGCAACCGAGGAGAGCAAGAACUUUAGAGAAAGGAACAUGUCCAUCGUUUUGGUCCCAAACAAAGCUCUUCUGCAGAAAGGUCAAGAGCCGCCAAAGAAACCAGAUAAAUCAUCUGCCAAUGAAGUCUCAGCUGGCAUCUGAGAGCCAAGCGCUGAGGUAGAAGACUCGCGGGCCAUUUUUGUUUUACUUAAUGUAUUGAAUUUUCUUUAGAUUGGGAAAUUUUUGUAACUUGUGUACAGCAACGUGUACAACGCAGCCUAUUUCGAGAACCGGCUAACUAGGUUUAAAACAAGUUCAGCAAAUAGCAGCACUUUGCCUGCUGGACUAGUCCUAAGUUGAAUACAAAAUGUACUUUGUCAAUGAAGUGUACUACCUUAAAAGCACAGUUAUGAAGCAAUCUCUUGCCAAUGGAGCUCUUGUACAUCAAAGCAAGAAGCAUGUGUUAGUCCA